AUGCUUCCAAGUUUGCGCAGAAAGUGGGAGGUGCUGAUUUGUGUCCUCGCUGCUCAAAAGCUGUAUAUGCUGCUGAAAAGGUGA